AUGCCGGCUCCGGCUGCGAGUCGAAGCCAACUCCUCUCCGCCGCCCAGGCCUUCUGCGACGCCUUCGCAGGCCAGAAGCCGCCCGAGGAGAUCUUCAGUCACUUCUCUGCCUCGGAUGACGUCCUCGCUCUGGAGCAUGGCUUGCCACAGCUAGCACCCUUCCUAGGCCAGCCGUUUCGUGGUCAAAAGGGUCUACAGGAGUAUUUUCAGCUCCUGUCCUCGAACCUCAAAUAUGAAAACAUGCGGUUUGGCAAUUUCGUGGUUGAUACCGAGGUUUCCAAGGUGUCGGUUCGGGGCGAGGCCAAAUUUACUUGGACGAGCACUGGCCAGCAUUGGGACGAGGUCUUCACGUACGUGCUUGAGUUUGAUGAGAACAGCAAAGUCAAAGUGUAUGAGAUAUGGGCAGAUUCUGGUGCCGCAUACUUGGCCAGUAAAGGCCUGCUCGAACAAUAG